AUGGAAAUAUUGGAUAUUGGAAAACAUAAAGGGAAAACAUUUCAACAUAUUGAAAAAGUUGAUCCUGGGUAUGCAAGGUGGGUACUAUCUAUUGAUAAUCCUACUAAUAGGUCAUUAAUAAGAUUUGCCAAUUAUUUAAGGGAGAAAAGUGAGUCAUUCAGCACCAAGAAGAUUGAUAAUGGAAUGAAUAGUAAUAAUUCUUAUAUUAUUACAAACUGUAAAGGAAUACCAAGUCUUGUACUUGAUUAUAUUGGUACAAAUAUUUCAGAUGAAAAAUUAGAAAAAAAGAAAUUUGAUUGUAAUAAGUUACAAAAUAAUAAUAUAGAUAAUGAAAAUAAAGAACUAAAUAUAAGUGAUAAUAAAUAUACAGAAUUUAAUAAUAAUAAUAAUAAUAAUAUAAAUUAUAAUGAAUGCAAUAAUGGUGAUUUCUAUUUGUUAGAUAGAUUAGAAAAGGAAAUUGAUGAACUAAUGUCUGGAUCAACUAUAAUAGCAAAUGGAUUAACAACAUAUUUAACACCAAAGAAACCAAAAAUAGAUUGUACUAUAAUCUUAUCAAUGGUGUCACCAACAAUGUUUCGUAUUUCAGUUGAACAAAAUCAGAAAAUAUCAUUUAAUUUACCAAGAUCACUAAGUAAUUGGUUAAAUUCAUUAAAUUUAUCUGAAGUGAAGCCUGUAACAAAAAAGAUGAAAUUAUAUCACUCAGAUUUGAAUGAUUUUGGUGAAAAGAAUUUAUCAGGAUCUUAUAUAUAUUCAGGUUUAUAUUAUGAAAGAAUAUAUGACAGUAUAAUGAAUUCAUUUGAAUGUAAAGUAGAAAGUAUACCGGAUUUCAUAUUUGAAUGUUUUCCUAAUUUUAAAUUAGCUCGAGAAACACAUUCAGCAACACCAAAAUAUAUAAAAGAUGAAAUAUCAGUUUCAUGUAAUAACUGUAUUGGAUGUCAUACAAACAGUAUAUGUAUGAAUUCAUUAUCAUUUUUAAAAGAGGAAUUUCCAAAAUUAUAUGGAAGUUUAAGACCAUUUCAAUGUGUUGGGAUAUUAUUUGGUUUAAAGAAUAAUGGUAGAUUAUUAAUUGGUGAUGAAAUGGGUUUAGGUAAAACAUUACAAGCAUUAUCACUAAUUUCAUAUUAUCAAAGUGAAUGGCCAGUAUUAAUAAUUUGCCCAUCAUCUAUAAGAUUUCAAUGGUAUCAACAAUCAAUUGAAUGGUUAAAUCCAACAAUUAAUAAAUCAAAUGUAAUAUUAAUAAGAAAUAGUAAUGACAAAUAUCAUAAGAGAGCUAAGAUUAUUAUAAUAUCAUAUGAUUUAUUAGUUCGUAAUGAAUAUUUUAGGAAAUUUUUGAAUGUUGAAUUUAAUGUAAUUAUUGCAGAUGAAUCACACUUUUUAAAGAAUUCAAUGGCAAAAAGAACUCAGAUAAUUAUUCCAUUACUACAUAAUGCAAAGAGAGCAAUACUAUUAAGUGGUACACCAGCAUUAAAUCAUCCAACAGAAUUAUAUGAGCAAAUUAAUGUUGUUGUUAAUCAAAUGAAUAACUUGAUUAAUGAUAAGAGAAAUAAGAAAUUGAUAAAAGGUAAAAUUAUGAAUGACAACAUAAAUAGAUCAUAUGCAAGAUGCCCAUUAUUUUUAAAAUAUUUAGAUUUUGCUCAUCGAUAUAGUGAUGUUAGAAUAAAUAAAUUUAGUAGAAAGAAAGAAUUUUAUGGUAGUAGGAAUACCGAAGAAUUACAUUUAUUUCUACGUCAAUGUGUGAUGAUUAGAAGAUUGAAAAAACAAGUAUUACAUGAAUUACCACCUAAAUUAAGAAGUAAGGUACCACUUGAAAUUAAAGAUAAGAAUGGGCUUAAAAGAAUACAAGAAAUAUUAAAUGAUGAAAAUUAUAAUAAUAAUGAAGAUAUAAAUAAGAUACAAAAGGAACAAUAUCAUAAUAAGGAAUUUGAUGAUGACUUAAAUGUUAAUAUGUGUAAUUUACAUAAAUUAACAUGUCAGGUUAAAAUAGAGGCAGUACAAGAAUAUAUUGAAUAUAUGUUAGAUAACAAUGAUGAUAAAUUUGUUAUAUUUGGUCACCAUCAUGAAAUGUUAGAUGCUAUUGAAACAAUCUUAGUAAAACGUAAAAGAAAUAAGUCACUAAGCGAGAUAAAUAAGCACUUUGUAUAUAUAAGAAUAGAUGGUAAAACACCAGGAAAUAAAAGGGAAGAAUAUGUGAAAGAAUUUCAAAAUAAUAUAAAUUGUAAAGUGGCUGUAUUAUCAAUAACUGCUUGUGGUCAAGGUUUGAAUUUGACAAGUGCAGGUACAGUCAUUUUUGCAGAAUUAUAUUGGGUACCAGGAUUUAUGUUACAAGCAGAAGAUAGAUGUCAUAGGAUGGGAACACAAUAUUCUUGUAUAAAUAUUCACUAUUUAGUUGCAGAGAAUACACUUGAUGAUAAGAUGUGGGGGAUAUUAUAUAAGAAACAGAAGAUAAUGGCAUCUACAUUAGAUGGUAUUGAUCAUAGGAAAUCAAGUCAUCAGCACUUUAUUACUAAUUAG